CUCCUCCAGGAACUGCAGUCCUGUAUAAUGACACUCGCUUGUCAUAAAGCAACUUUUAGUUCGGUAAGGCUUCUCCGACGUCUCUUUUGAUCCAGCCGCACUGCUGUGUGGCCCUUCUGUCCUGUCGAGAGUGACAUCACUACCAUUUAGCCAAUGUUGUUGGUAUAAAACAAAAAGUUAUGAUUGUGUUACUUGGCACGCUUGAUGUGUCAUUUUCCUGUUCUGACAAAGUGUUUGGUGGACACUCACCUGAGCGUACAAAAGAAAGUCUGUCAUGGUUGACCUGCGCACGGUUAGAGGUGGAAAGAGGAAGUCCAGAAGAAUCCUGGCAGUAGUUUGCAUGCAAACAAAGUAAGCAGAUAAGCUUUGAGUUGGAGUGGCGUGACGACAAGGUCAGACGACAGCGAUGGAGAAAGUUCUUCUGGCCAUCUUGGCCGCCUCGGGUAAGUCUCAGGGACACGUCACUGGUGCAAGUCUGACCGUGAUGCUUGCAGGCGUGUGUGCCGUGUCGUCGGCUGCUCAGCGCCGCUUCUAUUUCGUCUACGAGCCCAAGAGCUGGAAGGAGGCCCGGCUUCACUGCAGGGCGCGGCAUCAGAACCUCGCCAGCGUGGACGGCGAGGAGCACGUCAAGGCCAUCAUGGCCUGUGUGGACCCCUGCCAGAUGCCCGCCGGAGAUCAGCACGCCUGGAUCGAGCAUCACAGCGACAGGCUGGACUGGACGUGGUCGGGGUCGGGGCGACGUCUCCACAAGAGCAGGGACUUCCAGCGUUGGGCGCCAGGAGAACCCAACAACAUACGGAGCAGCGAAGAUUGUGUCGAGAUGUACAACAAUGGCCGCUGGAAUGACUGCAAGUGCGGAAGUCGUCUUCCUGCUGUCUGCGUGGGCCGCAGGGAUGUGGAGCUGAAGUCAUCACACCUGGUUCGGGUGAGUGUGGUGUGGAAGAACUCCUCAGUGGACCUCAGUGAUGCUGCAGUGAAGGAGGGCAUCUUAAAGCAGCUGGAGCAGCGUCUGCAGCAGAGCGCCCCAAAACAAAACGUCACGCUGAGCUGGGACCGCCAGUGGGAUGGAAAAGUCUUCCAUGAGAAGACCAACAGGACAAUAAACUAGCCUGCUGGUGUAAAUACUUCAAGGGUCUUGAUUCUACUUAACACGUCGAUGAGUCUAGAUGUCAAUUGGAGACUGGAGUUUGUCAUCUUUUUGCUAGAACAUUCUGCUCUCCCAAAAAUAAACCUGCAUUUCUGUCUUUUGUCAACCCUGAAUGUGGUCACGUACGUAUUGAACUGGUCUAAAUGUGUUUCUGUGGCCACGAGGACUCAUUUGAGUAACAGGAAUGAGUUUAUAGCAGAUUUUUUGUGUCAUUUUCAUACACGAGAGAAACAUCAACAUCACACUAAAAUAUAAACAUCAUAAUGAACUGAUGAAGAGUAAUAAAGUCAGGUAAGGUAAAUGGCAAUACUAUCGAUUGGUAUCGGAUUGAUACUUUUGUUGCAGGUUCUCAUCUGUAUGAGCACCAAUUUAUUCACUUUUUUCCCGCUGAUUACUAGCUUUAUUUUCAUGAAUAUCUGCCUGCAAUGGAAGUUAAUUAGGUUGUUUUGUUGACAUCUUUAUCUUUACAUGUGUGCUACAUUGUUAUUGUUUUG